UUUUACACACAUACACAAUCUCUCUCUCUCUCUCUCUCUCUCUCUGUGACACAGCCUUAGUGCCCAAUUAUGUCCCCCUCUCUAAAAUUUUUUUGCCUAUAUAUAUCUUCUCCUCGUGACUUGCUCUGUUCUACGCUCUCAUCACCCCCUUCUUCUCUCUCUCACUGAAUAUUAUCACCAGCCAACAGAAAUUAUCACUUCCCUGGACAUUUUAGCCCUCACUUCUUUUAUUAGAGAACUUUCCUUUCCCAGAAAAUUUUCUGAUUUUCCUUAAUACCCAGACACCUAUCACAGCUUUGGUAGGUAUCUGGGUUGGGGGUUGGGGGAAUUACUUUUCUGGGGAUUUGGGAUACCUACUACUCUACUUUGCUUCUUCGGUUUUGUUUGACUACUUGGGAGCCAAGUUUUACUGUAAUCUUCAGAUUUUUUAAUACAAGUUCUGGGUUCUUCUGUUUAUUAUUAUUAUUAUUUGCCCCAAAAGUUCUUUGCCCUAAAAGUUCUUGGCUUUUUCUUCCCCUUUUUGUUUGUUAUUUUUCAGGAAUAAAAGCCGUCCACUGUUUGUUCCUUGUACCUUAUGGGUUUAGGGUUUUGUACCCUUCUCUCUCAGAUAUAGCUUUCUCUUCUUUUUUAAUUCGGCAAAAUGAGGAUUUUUUCAUGCUUUGCUGAUUGUGAUACUGUUUAACUUUCAAUAGCAGCUUAUGAAUUUGAGCUCAAAAUCUUUUUAGUUGUGAGGUUCAUCUUCAUACCUGUUCACAAAGAUGUCUUCGAUCUUGACUGGAGCAGGUGGUGGAAGAACCUACGGGUUCGACUUCGAUUUCGUGAAAUCUCCAUCUCCGUCGAUCCGACCUUCUCAUACAUCUUCAUCGUCUACUUCUUCGACUUCUUCAACAAUAUCUGAAUCCAGCAAUUCCCCUUUAGCAAUCUCCACCAGAAAAUCUCGAGCUCCUCGAAAGAGACCAAAUCAAACCUACAAUGAAGCUGCUGCUCUGUUAUCUACGGCCUAUCCCAAUCUCUUCUCCAAUAAGAACCUCAAAAAACCAGGCGAAUUCUCCCGACCUAGUGAUGCUGCUUUUCUGGACGAAUCCGCUGAGGAAUUGUUCUUGCCUUUCAGAGUCUUCGACGAUUCUGCCUCCUCUUUCCUUCUCCAACAACAAAUUCAGCACAAAUCUAGUUCUCUAAUGGAGCCUAAAGUGGUGAAUCUGCAAGAGAAGUCGUGCCAGAGUCCCGGGGAAAUUAUCUCAAGAGUGAAUUUGCUGGAAUUGGACGAUGAUUGCGAAGAAGAUUUCGAUGCCGAAUCUAUUCUCGAUGAGGAGAUGGACGAGGGAAUCGAUAGCAUCAUUGGAAGCAGAACUGAAGAAGAUUCCAAUGAUGCAUCCUGUCACGGUGACAGAGGGAAAAAUUGGAGCGUGGAUUCCUCAGGAUUCGGAUUUGGCUCAAAAUUCGAUUUCCGGCUAGGGCUGGUGAAGGCUCUCCGGCGUGUCGAUGACAGCAAUUGGUGGAAUUUCCCGGCGGUUGACAUAGUGGAAAUCUCGCCAAGAAUCAACAAGCAUACAUCGUCGUUUGCUCCGCCGGCGGAUAAGGAGAAGAAGAAGAAGACGACGACGACGAAGAAGGUGGCUGAGAAAACUAAGGUGAAAUCUCUCAGAGGAAUUUCGAUUCCGAAAUCGAAGGCUUCGAAAUUGAUGUUGAAAUUGAACUACGACGACGUUUUGAGUGCUUGGUCAGACCGAGGGUCACCGUUUGCCGACAGAAGUCAUUGCUCCGAUUUACCGGGAAAUGAUGCCAAUGCCCUAGCGGCCCAAAUAGAUUUGGUGACAAACAUAGGAGGAGUGAGAGAAGCAUGUGUGAUGCGCUACAAAGAAAAGCGGCUUGCACGGCUCGUCUCUAAGAAGAUCAGAUAUCAAGUCAGAAAAGUCAACGCUGAUCAACGGCCCAGGAUGAAGGGGCGAUUUGUGAGGAGGUCCAAUUAUAGCUCAAAUCCACACCGAUGAUGAUAAGGACCAUUUUUCCACAAGAAAAAACAAAACUGUGUUUCAUUCUUUUUUUUUUUUCAUUGUAAUGUAAUCUAAUUA